UUUCGCGUUCCCUCUCGGCUCAGCUCGUCGGUUCCUCGCUAGCAUCCGAUCCGCGGCCGGCAUGGCUCGUGUGGCGGCGGAAUGAAGAGCUUGCGGUGAUCGCUGCUCGUCUUCGGUAAACACGAGUCGCUCCCGGCUGCUGCUGAGAUCGAACCCACCGUGGGGCCUUCCCCUCUGCAGAGCUGUCACAGUCUGUGUGUGGGGACUUUGUUGUGCUGCUACCGUGGAAAAAGAUGAACGCUCUAUGCCAUCUUCAUGUUGUGAGCUAGAGAUGAAGGGCACGAGGUGUCUCGCUAAUUUGUGUUGACAUCACGAGAUUAGCAUUAGCUACAACGCCUUGACUCCUAGAGUCACUACAGCAUUGUUAUUACUGCCCUGUCAUAUUAGCAGAGAGGGAAUAGCUAUGGCUGAGCAAGACAUUUGUCCCCACCUGGACUCCAUAGGGGAGGUAACCAAAGACGACCUGCUCCAGAAGUCCAAGGGGACCUGCCAGUCGUGUGGAGCGGGUGGCCCGAACCUGUGGGCCUGUCUGCAGAAUGAUUGCCCUUACGUUGGUUGUGGAGAGUCCUACUCUGACCACAGCACCCUGCACGCACAGGCUAAACGGCACAAUCUGACGGUGAACCUGACCACGUUCAGAAUCUGGUGUUACGUUUGCGAGCGGGAGGUGUUUCUGGAGCACAGGCCCGCCCCUGCUCCCCACCACUGCAAAGCCACGGAGCAGGAAGCACCUCCUCAGCCAGUAGGUCACCCACUGAAAGCCGUUCCAAUCGCUGUGGCAGAAGACGAGGGUUCGGAGUCAGAGGAGGAUGAGCUGAAACCCAGAGGCUUGACAGGAAUGAAAAAUAUUGGAAACUCUUGCUACAUGAAUGCAGCCCUCCAGGCCCUGUCCAACUGUCCUCCUCUCACUCAGUUCUUCCUGGACUGCAGUGGACUUGUCCGCACCGACAAGAAGCCUGCUCUCUGUAAGAGCUACCAGAAACUCAUCUCAGAGCUCUGGCAUAAAAAACGGCCCAGCUAUGUAGUCCCCACCAGUCUGUCUCAUGGCAUCAAACUCGUAAACCCCAUGUUUCGUGGUUACGCUCAGCAGGUAGGGGCAAGCACCCAGCAGGACACUCAGGAGUUCCUGCGCUGUCUGAUGGACCAGCUACACGAGGAGCUGAAGGAGCCUCUGACGGAGUGCAGCAUGAGCGGCGAAGAAGGCGACGGGGAGGACAGAAGAGACGGCGACCGCUCCCCGUCGGAGGACGACUUCCUGUCUUGCGACUCUGGCUCCAGCAGCGACCGGGGGGAGGGAGGAGGUAACUGUGAAGGGGAGCUGCUCGUGCAGGACGAGUGCGACGGGGUCAGGCUGCCGGAGGCCGGCGUCAGUCCCGGCGGGUCCAUCUCGGAGAAGGAGAGGCUGAAGGAACGAAGGGUGUCCGGCUCGUCCCUCCGUGGAGGCUCGCAAGAGAUGGACGAGGACGCUGAUGUGGAUACAGCGGCUGUGGAGGAGGUUCCUGAGACGGGGGAGGAGGAGGGGACGCCGAGCGCUGAGGUUCAAAACCAAGAGAACAACCAGACGUUAAACACUCCGCAAGUGCAAGCCCCGAGCAGCAACACCUCAGAGCCAGACAAUGAAGCGUCCAUGGCCCAGCCGCAGUCCACUCCCUGCAGUCCUGUGCGGACACUUCAGGAGCUGCACACCAAACUGUCCUCCAGUCCACCUCGCUCCAGCCCGCACCGCUCUGCAGGACCACUGUACUCGUUCAAAAAAGCUCAGCUGCUGCUCAGUGCCAGGAAGAAGAAACAGUCCCACUAUCGCAGUGUGAUCUCCGACAUCUUCGAUGGCUCUAUCCUCAGUCUGGUCCAGUGUUUAACCUGUGACAGGGUGUCUAACACAGUGGAAACCUUCCAAGACUUGUCCCUACCUAUUCCUGGUAAAGAGGAUUUGGCCAAACUCCACUCGUCCAUCCACCAAAACCUUCCGGUCAAGACGGGGGUGUGUCCCGACACCUAUGGCUCGCAGGGCUGGGUCACCUUCAUCAUGGACUCCAUACGACGGUUUGUAGUCUCGUGUAUCCCCACUUGGUUCUGGGGGCCCAUGGUGACACUAGAGGACUGCCUCGCUGCCUUCUUUGCUGCAGAUGAACUCAAAGGGGACAACAUGUACAGCUGUGAGAGGUGUAAAAAGUUGAGAAACGGUGUCAAAUAUUGCAAAGUGCUGCGACUUCCAGAGAUUCUGUGCAUUCACCUGAAACGCUUCCGGCACGAGGUCAUGUACUCGUUCAAGAUCAACAGUCACGUGUCCUUCCCAUUGGAGGGCCUCGACAUGCAACCCUUCCUGGCGAAAGAGAGUCCAUCUCAAGUCACCACUUACGAUCUGCUGUCAGUCAUUUGUCACCACGGCACGGCAGGAAGUGGACACUACAUAGCUUACUGUCAGAAUGUGAUUAAUGGACAGUGGUAUGAGUUCGACGAUCAGUAUGUCACAGAGGUCCAUGAGACGGUGGUGCAGAAUGCAGAGGCCUAUGUGCUGUUCUACAGGAAGAGCAGCGAGGAGUCGGUGAGAGAGCGGCAGAAGGUGGUGGCUCUGGCCAACAUGAAGGAGCCCAGCCUGCUGCAGUUUUACAUCUCCAGGGAAUGGCUUAACAAGUUCAACACCUUCGCCGAACCAGGCCCCAUCAGCAACCACACGUUUCUCUGUCAGCAUGGCGGGAUCCCUCCUAAUAAAUACAACUACAUUGACGACCUGGUUGUGAUAGUUCCUCAGAAUGUGUGGGAGUACCUUUACAACAGUUUCGGAGGCGGCCCCGCAGUCAACCACCUGUACAUGUGUGCCAUCUGCCAGGUGGAGAUCGAAGCUCUGGCUAAACGCAGGAAAAUGGAAAUCGACACCUUCAUCAAGCUGAACAAAGAGUUCCAGGCUGAAGAGGCUCCGACAGUGAUCCUGUGUAUCAGCAUGCAGUGGUUUCGAGAGUGGGAGAACUUUGUGAAGGGCAAAGACAAUGAGCCGCCUGGUCCCAUCGACAACAGUAAAAUCGGCGUCAUGAAGAGCGGACACAUACAACUAAAGCAAGGUGCAGACUAUGGUCAGAUCUCAGAGGGGACGUGGCAGUACCUGUUGGGUAUUUAUGGCGGCGGCCCUGAGAUCGCGGUGAGACAGACGGUGGCCCCUGCCGGCCCCGAGAGCCUCCACGGCGAGAGGAAAAUCGAGGCAGAGACCAGAGCACUUUGAGAUAUAAAGAGAGGUUGGAACCUUUUCUUAAACGGGCAACCCUGCAGUCUUCUGAUUCCCCGUUUCACUCCUGCCCUCACAAGACGCUGAGGAAUUUGCACCCUGGUGAAGAAGCCUUGCUGUGAGCACUUUGUAAAUGUAGCAACAUAUUACGCCGAGUCUGUGUGUCGCAGGGAGGUGAUAAAGGCACUUAACUAUCACAUAGUUUAUUUAUUGGACAACUCCGAUCCUCGAUGUUAAAAAGGUGUCGUAAUAAUCGUAUCAGCAUCCCUGGCUGUGUGUGGUAGCUAUGGUGUUUCAGUGGCUGCUGUAUAGCGACUAUAGGCGUCAUGUACUGCUCAGCUGGCGGUGGUGGGCCGACAGCCGCCGGCGUCGUGAGCCACAACGACGAGGAGGACAGAGCUGCAGCGGGAUGUUCUGGUUUUUCAUGACUCCUCCUCUAGUCGUCGGAAACAGCAACAACCAGUAGACGUUAACAAGCUUUAUGUUGUUUGCCUGUUUACUAGUUGCAUAGGAACGUGAGAGAUAUUGCAUAAAUCCUACUCUUGCACCUCCAACCUUAAGUAGACAAACACUGAGCCCUCAGGAAUGAAAGACUUCUGUUUGUUUCAGCCAGCGAAAUGACCAGGUUAAUGGAGUCUUAAAGGUAAAAUACCACAGUGGGUUUGUUUGCAUGAAUGGAGUCUAAAAACACAUAUUUAGGGUCAUUUAUAUUUGAACAGCUUCAAAAUUCAUGCAACUGCAAACUCCACCUUUUGGACCAGUAAGGAUAUUUCACUGACACCAGUGGUUUGGCGGGACAAUAACAAAUUGAAUUGUUCAAAAGUAUGGAAAUAUUGACUAUUUCUAUUCAGUUUAUAUCAGUACUAUCCAGAAAUCAAACUUAGCAACAUGUAGAUAUCGUUUAAAACACUACAGUGGAGAAAUACCAAAUUUAUUAAAAGACUGAUUUAAGAAAGAGAGAUUGCAGAAAGAAAAUUAUGUAUCUGGUGCAAUAACGAAGGAGUGUAAAGAGAACGUCUAUAACAGGCUUCUCUGAUAGUGAGUUUACACAAUGAGGUUGAAGGAUUUAUUGCGGCGUGAUUAACACUAUUAGAGGAUAUAAAUCCAAAUUGACCAGGAAUGCAGUGUCCAUUUAAACCAAGAGGGGGCAGUAUUAAGUGAGAUGAGAGAAAUAAUCUCACAAAAUAAUUAGCACAACAUGCACAAACUCAUACCUGUAAAAGCGGUGAGGUAAUUUAUGGUACUAUUUUUUUUUGUCAAAUAUAUUUAUUUAUUGUUGAACAUAUAUUGUUUCCACUUUAUCAGACGAAUGAAGCUGUUUCCUGUGGAAGGGGGUUGUUUACUAGAAGGUUUUUGCUCUGUAAAGUAUUUAUGCGUCUCCAAUUUAUCACUGCUGAUUCUGCAUUUGACUAUUCCGUGUAAAAAUACACCUGUUUUCACUGUGUAACACACCAUGGUUUCCUUAUUCAAGAUUCUGUUGUAAAGACACGUCCAUCCAAAGAGCAAGUGAAGAAACACGAGGAUCCCCAAAUCACAGAGCUUAGUUUCGAGCAAAUCUUACACCUUUAAUGUUUCUUAUGUUAUGUGUUGUACAUUUUUACAUAAUUUGCGACAGUUCUAGCCUCUCCCAACAGUUACUGGCAGCAAGUAUGUUCUAAUCUGACAUCUUCAUUCACUACACAUUGAGUAGAUUGUCUAAUCAGUGCUAGAAUACAUUCAAACUAAAGUAAAAUCUGGGAGAAAUGUUGAGUCAGUCCAAGUCAAGUUAAAUUAACCUGGUCCUCCACUGUAUCACUGUAGAUAAAUCACAUGCUUGCCUUGUGACCCAUGGAAAAUAAAAUCCAUCAAUCAUGUAGUCAGAUAAAACUUUGCCUUUCCAUGUUCCAUAUGUACUUAAGUACCAAUUUUGAAAUCUUAAACUAAAACAAAAACCUCUAGAAGUCAGAGAUCCACUUGGACAAAUGCUGCUAUUGAGAAAUUACCAGUCAAAAUUAACACAAGACUAUUUGAUAUACAAAAGUGAAAGAUGGGUAAAUAUGAGAAUUCACAUUGUACAUAAUAGUACUUUAGCUGCCAUGCAGUAUUCACGUGAUACAGUGGUCAAAUUAUUUCACUUUUGAUCCACUGAUUUUGUUGCAGAAUUAGAAGAAUUAAAUCUGAACUAUAACCUGAAAGAUAAAGGAUACGAUGAAGUAAAAACUGAUGAUCUGCAGUACAGCCACUCUACCUUGGAACACAGUGCCUUCAAGCCCUUCCACACCCACAAUGCACUUGCACAGGUCUUGGUGACUUCAUAUGAAUUCCCCGCAUAGCUCUGCUCGGCUUCAGCCUUAGCGGGUCUCAGCCACAUAAAGUGAAAACAUCUGUUUGCGUUCGGAGUCCUCAGUAAAUCUUCAUCCACCUUCACACAAGAAAGUACAGAAGUGUACUGCAUUCACAAAAUAAAUAAAAAGGCUUCUCAUAAUUGUGGGUUAGUAAAUGAAGUUAUGACUAAACUAUCUCGUAAUUAUUAGGAAAGAUGUCAUACAUUUCCAAACACGUAAUUUCUGUUCAUCAGUGUGCAGGAGUGGGCUCAAGACUUGUAAAUUGUGUUAGAUAAGGAAGCAAAUUGCUAUUUAAUCUGGUUUUCAUCAAAAAACACAAUUAUUAUUUCAAUUUUGACCCAUUUGUCUUAAUUACGAGACCAGUUUCUUGUAAUUUUGGAAUAUUUUCUUGUAAUUUUUGGGGGGGCACUCCUGUCGUCUUUAGAUGUUUAUACGCUGUCGCACAAAGAAGUUUAAAAACAGAGUGUGGAAGCUAUUUGAAAGAGUCGUGCUAGCUGUUUCCCUUUGUUUACAGCAUUUAUGCUAAGCUAACCAACUUUAGUUCCACAUUUACUACUACAUGUGAAAGAAGUACUGAUCCCCUCAUCUAACCCUGCAGGAAACUAUAGAAGAGACUACUAAUCUUAAAAUAUUGGGUAUAUAUCUACCAUUGCCAAUCAAGCUCUCUUUGGAGCCCCACCUAUGCUAGGGACCAAAACUUUGUCACAAACUGGACAAAAAAAACCUUAUUCAAAUGGGCCUUAAAAGCCCAAAGAAUCAAUGUUGUUUAAAUGUAAUUUAUCAUCUGUAGUAUUUGAUUUUCUGCAAUUUUGUUCGGGAAUAUUCACCAAUAAAGCACAAUAUUUUUUGACAUGUAAGAAUCCAUUUGUUGCUCAGUGGCUUAAAUUUGACCCGUGGCCCUAAGAGGGUAAAUCCAUCUAUACCAGGGAGGAAAAUCUAAAUAUUCUGCCCUGAAUAAAUUUUUGUCCCUUAAUUUAUAACCUUAUAUUUGUGUUUAUGGCCUCAUUAAAUCUUCAUUCACCUUAACUCUAGAAAGUACAGAAGUGCAUUGCAUUCGCAAAAGAAAUUAAAAAAUGUCUCAUAAUGUGGGCUAGUAAGUCAAGCUAUGACUAAUCUGUCUCGUAUUAUUAGGAAAGAUGUCAUACAUUUCCAAACUCGUAAUUUUAAGAAAUCAGUUGCCACUAGUUGGCCUCAGGACUUUUGAGUCAUCUGGUUUUACGAUAUCUUCAGUAUCAGAUAAAUUCACAGGAAGCUGUCAGUACAUCCAGUGUUACAUAAGGAAGCAAAUUGCCAUACAAUCUUGUUUUCAUCAAAAAACGUAAAGAUUAAUUACCUUUGAGUCAUUUCUCUAAUUAGGAGACCAGCUUCUCGUAAUCAUGGAAUCUUUUCAUGUAAUUAUCAGAUCGUAAAUUGUAUUUAUGAUAAACAGUAGCCAUAGUUACAAGAAAAUGCCACCAACAUGUUUUUCUUACGUGAAUGCAAUUCACUUCUGUAAGAAAGAAAGCUAUUUCACCCUGUGCAAAUUAAUCUCAUAUUCAAAAGAGGCGACAUUGAGCACGAACAUUCAAUUUGAACAAUGUAGACAUGAGCUCAGAGGUGUAAAAAGAUGUAGAAGUUGUAAGGAAAUAGCUUGAUAUUGUGGAAAUGAUAGGCUUAUUCACUUUUUUUGGUUUGAUGAGCCUCAGGUCUAUAACCAUAAACCAUAAAAUGUAUUAUUGCAUAAAACUACUUAAUUCAGGGGACAGAACAGACUUGUGUAACAUAUUGAAUCUGAUAAAAUCUCCACAAGCUCAGCAGAUAAGGAUCAUUAUCAGAAGCCAAUUAAAAGAACAUCCCUGUGGCAGUAUAUCCAAGCAGGUGUGAAUCAAAAUAUUUGAGGUGUUUUAAUAGACUUUCCACCGCAGAUUUUUUGACUUGUCAUAGCAGAAAAAGCACGGGUGUGGCGAACACUGGUAACAAUCCAAAUACUAAAUUUAACUGUCAGCUGAAUUAAAUGGUUCAGCUGGGCUCUCAAACCAGACACACAUCACCAUUCAAGUUAUAAAUCCAGCUUUUACAGAGCAACGUUACCAUUUGGAGUCGUGGCCAAAUGGCAAAUGCUGGUCCAACAUUACCGCUCUUUUAGCUCUGUUUUUGGUCUCCACCAACUCCUAAGAGAAAUAUAAUGCCAUGAGAGUGAUGAGAAUGAAGCCCAUUGAAGCUGCGGGUAAAUUUAUAUUCAGGUGUCAAUUGUGUUCAUCCCUCGAAGCGACCCCUGUCAGAUUAUACGUUCGAUUCCACUAUUAUAAAACAUUGAUCAGACGCGCUUUGAGUUUAAAGCUGACGGCUGUGUUGCAGCCCAGCUAGCAUUAAUCUGGGCAGCAGGGCGAACGUUCGGACCAUCUCCCGGACAUCUCAGGUGAGGACUUUGAAUACACAGAUGUCACAGAACAACCCAAAGUCUGUGGUUGAGCCUCAGACAGAGGCUCAACCACAGACUUUGAAUCUUUGAAUUACCGAGGACCAAAAUACUUGAAAAGAUGAUUGGAAAGCCGCUUCAUUAAUAUUGUUAAUUUCUCCUGAAAAUGUCAAACAUCUGUCCAUGUUCUGUCAAUGAAUCUUAAUCACAAAAAAUAUUUAUUUGUCUUAAGUUUGAUCUUUUGUCUCUCCCCACAUGUCCAAACUAUAUCUACAAUGAUAAUAUGAAUACUGUGGGUAUAUGUGUGUGACGGGUGGAUACCUUCUGUGAGAAUAGGUGCAAUGAAAAAGAAAAUACAAAUCUUUGUGCAAUCUUCGCCUUCGCGCUCAUCAGAGAUACUGGACAGCUAUCAACAGGGCUGGCAGUAAAACCUGGGGCGACGCAGCUUAUUAUGUUGCAGUGUUACGAAGUGUCGAAUGGUAAUUACUUUUCCCACCUGUGAGUGUGUUUACCUGUGUUACGGCACGUAGCUAUGCGUGUGGGAUUUCCAUUGCGCUGGAAGGUUCAGACAUCUCUGUGGUUGGACAGAGUAGAAUCAGGCGUGCACACAGCACAACAGGGUUUCACUGGCUCGUGUUCUCAUCCUCACAGAGUGUGUGGUAGUUGUGGUCAUGAUAUCGGUGAGGCUUUCAAACAACAUGGGAUUUAAGUGGUUGACCUCAAUUCAAUGGGAUGUCUUAAUGUCUGUGUAACUGAUGUAAUUAAUCAUGACUGGUUAAAUUAUUAAAAUUGCCUGAUCUUUGA